CUGAGGCUUCAGUCUACUACUCAGACUUGACACAGAAACAGACUGCCAGUGUGCCACACUGAAAAUGGAGGACGGUCCAAGCCAAAGAAAAACAGCAAGGCUGGAGAACGAUCCAGGGAGCUGCUGCAGGUUGGAAACCAGAAGACAGGCUGACAGUGGCUCCGAGGGCUUGACAAAAAGACUUCCAAACUUGCGAGAUGAACUGAGGACCACGGUCUGAGACGAUGUCCACAGGAAUACCAUGCAGACGAAAAACAUGAUUAGUCAAGAGAUCAGCCCUCUCUUGUGCUGAAGGAAGCUUGGGAAGACCAAUGAAAUGAACGGCCUUGGAGAACCGAUCAACAAUGUUCGGCAGGUCAGCCGUUUGAUCUAUUCCCAUGGCGCAACAAUGAAAAAGGUUCAGAUUACCUGACACAGGUGUCAGACUAUGUAUCCAUGUAUAGACACAAGACUUUAGACUUAGAGAACCCACCUGGUGCCACAUUGACAAUAGGAGACCUGGACGACACCAUUUACAGUGAGGAAGAGGACGAGGUGAAUGGGUGGGGGAAAUUCUACCUUCCCGAAGUAGUAAGCAUGCAGGUUGUAGGUGUAGUGGAGGGGACCUCGUGCCCGAGUGACCAGCUUGUUCUGAUGACCUGUGAGGACAGAAAGGUGUAUGCCUACGAUGGACAGAUGCUGCAUUUGGUGUCUUCAAGCCUGAGGCAGCAACAUUACAAGGGAAUAAAGUAUCCAGCACUGAAGAGAUAUUACAAAGGGGAGGCCUUCAAACACAAGACCAAGGAGGACUGGGCAGAAGUGAGGAAGAAGCUGGACCAACAGCAUUGUGAACUAGUGAUGUCAAAAAAGUCAGAAUUGCUUGAGAAUCUCAAAUUGCUCAAUGAAAACGUAGAGUCGCAGGGGAUCUGCAUGUCUUUGGACUGUGGGAGGACCGGGUUCAAACCCAGAACCUUCUUGCAAUGUGGAGAUAUCGCCAACCAAAACAGCCCCAAAAGAGGGGCACCAAAACAGCCUGGCCACAAUACCGCCGCGACAGUUUCGGAAAGAAUGGCCUCAGAAAAGGCAACAGAAGUCAGGGGCAGAAAAGAGAAAAAGAGGGAAAUGCAGAAGGACCUUUUGCAUUCCUGCAGGUACCACAAAGCAGUUACGCUCACGGCCCUCAUCCCGCCACCGCAACUCCCACCUCUUCAGAGCAGGAGGGCGCAGGCGGUCAAGCACUGAGUCAAGCACUGGGUAUAGUAGUGGGUCACAAUAGAAUAGAAUAGAAAGCUUUAUUGUCAUUGGACAUGAUACAACUAAAUUUGGAGGCUU